GCGGAUAGUCUCCGGAGCCUAUAUCUGGUUGGAGAGACGCGAGCAAACUUUCCCGGUAGCUGGAGGUGCAGUCGUUAGCUCGCCGCCGGAAUCUCCUGAUUGACCGAGGAAGUUGUGGCCCUUUCGAGACUCUGAGGUUAGGUUUACUCAGCAUGUUCCCACUGACUGAAAAAGACAAGCCUAUUGCCCGGCUGCUGUUCAGUACUGGCACUUGUCCAAGAUGUAUCUUCAGAUUGUGUUGUGUGGAUUUCCAUUCACCUUACAAACUUCCAUACAAGGACUUGAUUAGGGAGUUAGAGAAUUUCCUGAAAACUGAAGAUGAUGAUUUAAUUUUAGAAGCCACCAAACCACCCCUCAAGAAGAUUCGAUUGCAAGAUGGCGAGGCUCAAAUUGAUGAUCGAAGUCAAAAUGGUGGAGAAAUGGCUGCAGUCAAUGAGGAUGAAAAUUUGAUACUUGAAAACCCAUAUCUAAAUUCAUGUAAUAUAUGCCUGGGGAUUCUGCAGGAAUUCUGUGAAAAGAAGUUUGUUAAAAAGGUGUGCCAGAAGGUUGAUUCUGCUGGGUAUGAGUUCACAAACUUGGUAUUUUCAGUGUCCUUCCCACCACAGCUGUCUGUAAGAGAGCAUGCUGCAUGGUUGCUGGUAAAACAGGAAAUGGGGAAACAUGGCCUAUCCCUGGGAAGGGAUGAUAUUGUUCAGCUUAAAGAAGCCUACAAAUGGAUUACUCAUCCCUUGUUUUCGGAGGAGCUGGGGGUUCCUGUUGAUGGAAAGAGCUUGUUUGAAGUAAGUGUGAUCUUUGCUCACCCUGAAACCGAUGAGGAUUGCCACUUCCUGAGCACAUCAUGCCCAGACUGUUUCAAACCAGCCAAAAAUAAACAGUCUGUAUUCACUAGAAUGGCAGUUGUGAAAGCUUUGGACAAAAUAAAAGAAGAAGAUUUCCGCAAGAAGUUUCCUUGUCCUCCAAAUUCACCAAAAACUUUUUGCUCAGCUAUUGAGAUUGAAUGUGCUCAUGGUGCAGUCUUUGUAGCUGGAAGAUAUAAUAAAUACUCCAGAAAUUUACCACAAACUCCCUGGAUAAUUGAUGGAGAAAGAAAGCUGGAGUCCUCAGUGGAAGAAUUGAUUUCCAGUCAGCUAUUGACAGUAUUUAAAGCAGAAAGUUUUAAUUUUUCAUCAUCUGGAAGAGAAGAUGUGGAUGUGAGAACAUUAGGAAAUGGAAGGCCAUUUGCAAUUGAACUGGUGAAUCCUCAUAGAGUCCAAUUUACUUCACAAGACAUUAAAGAACUGCAGCAGAAAAUCAACAUCUCCUCAGACAAAAUCCAAGUGCGAGACUUGCAGCUUGUUACCAGAGAAGCAAUAGGACAUAUGAAAGAAGGUGAAGAAGAAAAGACUAAGACUUAUAGUGCGUUAGUAUGGAUAGAUAAAGCAAUACAGAAGAAGGACAUUGAAUUCCUAGAUGAUUUGAAGGAUUUACCGAUCAACCAGAAAACACCACUUCGAGUUCUUCACCGAAGACCUUUAGCCAUAAGAACUCGUAUCAUUCACACUGUGAAAACACACUAUAUAGAUGAGCAUCAUUUUCGUCUCCAUUUGAAGACUCAAGCAGGAACCUAUAUUAAAGAGUUCGUGCAUGGAGACUUUGGGAGAACCAAGCCAAAUAUCGGUUCCCUGAUGAAUGGAACAGCUGAUAUUCUGGAGUUGGAUGUAGAGUCUGUUGAUGUUGACUGGCCACCGGCUCUGGACAAUUAACUUGAAAGAUGGGAAUCAGAAGAAUAUCUCUGCUAUUCUCCUGCAGAAGACAUCUAGCAAAACAUACAGACGUAAUCCAGACCGCAAGAUAGUUUCUUUUCUCUCCUUCAACUGCCUUCCAGACUUACUUAGAUCACAUUGAUCUGAACAAUUUUCUUCUCAUUAGCAUUUAUUCAUUUAACAUAUCUUUUUUAGGCAUUAAGUUGGUCUAACUAGAUUUUAUUGUGGUUUUUCUUUUCACCCAGUCACCAAGAGAUAGUAAUGAAUAAUGCUUUUCUUCACUUCUUUCAUUUCAAGAGGUAUGCAGACUGCAAGAUACACGGGCUGAUCUUUAACAGACCACUGUUCUUUAGUCCUGGAGAAAUUGAAAUUGUCUACAAUGAAUGAGAUAUUCUGUGUUCCUUUUGUGUUGUGAAUCCCAAAAUUUCUCUGCUUUUAAGUCAACUGUAAGCAUUACAUAGACUUAUAAAACAUGAAAGAGUGGGAGAUGGUGUAGGGAGUGAGAACUGGAUGUGGAGUCAGUAAGACCUGAAUUCAAAUCCAGCCUCAUACACUUAUAAUAGUAUAGCAAGUAUCUUAAUCUCUCAGCCUCGGUUUCCAAACAGGGAUAAUAAUAGCAUCUACUACUCAGGGUUGUAAGGAUAGAAUGAGAUAACAAUGUAAAAUGUUAUAUAAACUUUAAAGCAUUAUAUAAAUUUUAGCUUUUGUUUUCAUCAGAUAAACAUUCUAAGAACAACAAAGAUCUCUCAGCUAAUUGAUUUUUUUAGAAUUAUUUGUUAAUUUUAUUAUAAUAUGCUGUUUGGCAUACUUUUUACUAACUACUCUAUUAACCUGGCAUUGCUGUUAUUUUUCCUGUGGAAGAAAAACAAAGAUUUGAGAGUAAUGAUACAUAUAUAUAAUAUGUACAAUGGACUUUCAAGAUCUCUUUUAAAAAAUAAAAAAGGUUGAGGACAA